GGAGUUGGAAUUAGAUUUUUGAGUUAUUCUCGAAGUACUUCUUGAAUUCUUGAAUACCAAAUUUUCGCAAUCGAUUCAACUUUCAAUAAAAAGAAAUAAUCAAUUAAAAUCAAAUUAUCAUAACUGCAUUUUAAUAUCAACUCAAAGCUCAGCACAACUGUUCUUCAGUUACUUUUACUGCCUCGAGCCGUACACAUUCGCGAGAAGAAAAACAGAAACUGGCAAAGAAUCUAAUGAUGUCUGUGGGACGAGUUCUAGUUUAUGGUGGUCGAGGAGCGCUCGGUGCUGCUUGCGUUUCUCAUUUCAAGGCCAACAACUAUUGGGUUGGAAGCAUUGACCUUAGUGAGAACGAGAAUGCGGAUUUGAGCAUUGUAGUGCCACGUGAUGGAUCUUGGGCUGACCAAGAAACAGAGGUGAUUAAGAAAGUCGGCGAUGCCCUCAGUGGGGAGAAAUUAGAUGCUGUCAUUUGUGUAGCUGGAGGAUGGGCUGGAGGAAAUGCCAAAAAAGAUUUGGCAAAGAAUUCCGACUUAAUGUGGCGCCAAAGUGUCUGGACGUCGAUUAUUUCUGCCGCCGUUGCUGCUCAACACUUGAAAGAUGGUGGAGUAUUGGCUCUGACAGGCGCCAAGCCAGCCCUCAAGGGAACACCAGGCAUGAUUGGUUAUGGUAUGGCUAAGGCAGCUGUCCAUCAGCUUACCAAAUCCCUUGCAGGAGCAGACUCCGGCCUACCUGCUGAUUCUCUUGUGUUGUCCAUUCUACCUGUUACAUUGGACACUCCAAUGAACCGAAAAUGGAUGCCAAAAGCAGACUUCACCACAUGGACACCUCUCACUGAAGUUGCUGAACUCUUCCACAAUUGGACACAAGGCAAAGAUCGUCCAGCCAAUGGUUCACUGCUGCAACUUAUCACAAAGGAUUCCAUAACCUCAUUGAUUCCAGCUGAAUAAAUGCUCAAAAGAUUCAACAUUUACAAAACAUUCACAAUAAACUGGAUUUCGAAUCCAACUCAUUAACUUAGGGACCCAUUUUAAACCAGAACAAGGAAAAUUUAACUAAAAAAAAGGAAAACGAAUUGCUUUGUGUUUUUGUGUUGCUUGAUUAAUGUUUAUACAAAUUUACGAUAAUUGUAAUAAAUGUUUUAGUUAUUAAGUAAAACUAAUUUAAUGCUUUUUAAGAACAAUAAUCAAUUGUUAAUUCAAUGUUUGUUGAUAGUGGUAGCUAAAACAAGAUAAGGUUCUAUUGAAUAAAAAUAAAAUAUUUAUGAGCAAAAGAAAA